AAUUAAGUGGAACUUCAAGAAUGUCCGAUAUUUGGAAUUUUCAUCCGUUGUUAGAACAGCAAAUUCACCAAUUCAUCACAUCUGCUCCACAGCCGGACGAAAAUAACAAAUGGUUUAAAAAAUUCGGCCACAAAGCAAUCUCUUUAACUUGUAAUGAAAAUUUAGAGAUUUUAUCUAAGAAGAGGCCCAACCAAGAAUGUGUAAAGAAAAUUCCUGAGCCUACACACUCGCCAGAAAAUAAAAGAAGAAAAAUUAUCUCUGACAAACAACAAAAUUUCGACGAGUUCCUGGAGAUCGUAGAAAAUUCUCCAAUAUUACAAUUUAAUUAUUUAAUAGAAGAAUGCUUGAAUGACAAUUCGUUAUUUAUUAAAUUAGCCGAGCAACUGUCAACGAAUUGUGUAGAGAAAAUCUGUAAACAUGUUUAUGAAAAUAAAAACACAAAUUCUGUAUUUAUACAUAACUUUCAUAAAUUUUUUAUACCUACUUUUUUAAAACGCGACUACAGUUGUAUUUCUUUAGAUAUCCUAGUCAGGGCUCAUGCAAAUUAUCCUACAGCCUUUAAGCCACUCCUGCAUACCAUUAUUAAGGAUUUGGAUAUAUCAAAUAAAAUAUUACAAGAGUUUAUUAAUUCUAUAGAUGAAAUAAAACAAACACAAUUAAUUUUAGACAUAUCAGACAUAGAAUUAACUGCAGAAGAGUUUGUAAACAACAUUUUUAGCAUAUAUACAGCAUAUAAAAACUCUGAAAAGAAUUCACAGAUUCAAAACUAUAUUUUAAACAAUUUGUUACUCUGUGGUCAUAGUUGCAGCAAUGAUAAACAAUAUGGUCGUUUAUUGUUGGCUUUCUUACAAGCAGAGAAACAAUUAAAUAUGUGCCACAAUUAUGGAAAUAUAGAAAAAAUUAUAGAAAUUAAUAGGACACCAUUUAAAAGGCCGUGUCAGAAUGCCUUCAAAGAAUUGAAUGGAAACAGUUGAUAAUUGAGUUUAAUAUUUAUAUUAAUAAUAUAUUUCUAUUCUUCUCUAUUCUAAAUAACAAA